AUGUGCGUGAUCCGGAAGGACUGCACGUACAUGGCGCCGUGGCAGAGCUACAGCUGCACCGGUCUGGACUACAGGCUCCUGGUCAUCGAGAGUCUGGACCCGGACUCAGAGACCCGGCGCCUGUCUCCGGUGGCCGUGCUCGGAGACGGAUACGUGGACCUCAUCAACGGGCCCCAGGAUCACGGCUGGUGCGCGGGUUACACGUGUCAGAAGAGGCUGUCUCUGUUCCACGCCAUCAUCGCCCUGAACCAUGAGUUCCAGGUGUUCUUCAGCAGCGUCAGUCCACAGAAGCUGCGGCUGAUGCUGAACACGGCCGGGCCCUCGGACGGGCCCUCGGACGGGCCCUCGGACGGGCCCUCGGACGGGCCCUCGGACGGGCCCUCGGACAGCGUGUUGGUGUCCGUGUUCUACUCCGCGCCGCAGCGUUUGGACGUUUAUGUCGACAAUAAACUGGUGGCUCCGAUGAACGCUCAGUGGAACGAGGAGAGGACGGACUACACCCUGCUGGAGCCCCAGACCCCAGGUACAGAGACCCUGGUGGAGCCCCAGACCCCAGGUACAGAGACCCUGCUGGAGCCCCAGACCCCAGGUACAGACCCACAUGGAGCCCCAGACCCCAGGUACAGAGACCCUCAUGGAGCCCCAGACCCCAGGUACAGAGACCCUCAUGGAGCCCCAGACCCCAGGUACAGACCCACAUGGAGCCCCAGACCCCAGGUACAGACCCCAGGUACAGAGACCCUGCUGGAGCCCCAGACCCCAGGUACAGACCCACAUGGAGCCUCAGACCCCAGGUACAGAGACCCUCAUGGAGCCCCAGACCCCAGGUACAGAGACCCUCAUGGAGCCCCAGACCCCAGGUACAGAGACCCUCAUGGAGCCUCAGACCCCAGGUACAGAGACCCUCAUGGAGCCCCAGACCCCAGGUACAGAGACCCACAUGGAGCCUCAGACCCCAGGUACAGAGACACUCAUGGAGCCCCAGACCCCAGGUACAGAGACCCACAUGGAGCCCCAGACCCCAGGUACAGAGACCCUCAUGGAGCCCCAGACCCCAGGUACAGACCCUGCUGGAGCCCCAGACCCCAGGUACAGAGACCCUGCUGGAGCCCCAGACCCCAGGUACAGACCCUGCUGGAGCCCCAGACCCCAGGUACAGAGACCCUCAUGGAGCCUCAGACCCCAGGUACAGAGACCCACAUGGAGCCCCAGACCCCAGGUACAGACUCACAUGGAGCCCCAGACCCCAGGUACAGAGACCCUCAUGGAGCCCCAGACCCCAGGUACAGAGACCCACAUGGAGCCUCAGACCCCAGGUACAGAGACCCUCAUGGAGCCCCAGACCCCAGGUACAGAGACCCUCAUGGAGCCCCAGACCCCAGGUACAGAGACCCACAUGGAGCCCCAGACCCCAGGUACAGAGACCCACAUGGAGCCUCAGACCCCAGGUACAGAGACCCUCAUGGAGCCCCAGACCCCAGGUACAGAGACCCACAUGGAGCCUCAGACCCCAGGUACAGAGACCCUCAUGGAGCCCCAGACCCCAGGUACAGAGACCCUCAUGGAGCCCCAGACCCCAGGUACAGAGACCCUCAUGGAGCCCCAGACCACAGGUACAGAGACUCACAUGAAGCCCCAGACCCCAGGUACAGAGACUCACAUGAAGCCCCAGACCCCAGGUACAGACUCACAUGGAGCCCCAGACCCCAGGUACAGACUCACAUGGAGCCUCAGACCCCAGGUACAGAGACCCUCAUGGAGCCCCAGACCCCAGGUACAGAGACCCACAUGGAGCCCCAGACCCCAGGUACAGACCCACAUGGAGCCCCAGACCCCAGGUACAGAGACCCACAUGGAGCCCCAGACCCCAGGUACAGACUCACAUGGAGCCCCAGACCCCAGGUACAGACUCACAUGGAGCCCCAGAUCACAGGUACAGAGACCCACAUGGAGCCCCAGAUCACAGGUACAGAGACCCACAUGGAGCCCCAGACCCCAGGUACAGAGACCCACAUGGAGCCCCAGACCCCAGGUACAGAGACCCACAUGGAGCCCCAGACCCCAGGUACAGACUCACAUGGAGCCCCAGACCCCAGGUACAGACUCACAUGGAGCCUCAGACCCCAGGUACAGAGACCCACAUGGAGCCCCAGACCCCAGGUACAGACCCACAUGGAGCCUCAGACCCCAGGUACAGAGACCCUCAUGGAGCCCCAGACCCCAGGUACAGACUCACAUGGAGCCCCAGACCCCAGGUACAGACCCACAUGGAGCCCCAGACCCCAGGUACAGAGACCCUCAUGGAGCCUCAGACCCCAGGUACAGACCCACAUGGAGCCUCAGACCCCAGGUACAGAGACUCACAUGGAGCCUCAGACCCCAGGUACAGAGACCCACAUGGAGCCUCAGACCCCAGGUACAGAGACCCACAUGGAGCCUCAGACCCCAGGUACAGAGACCCACAUGGAGCCUCAGACCCCAGGUACAGAGACCCUCAUGGAGCCUCAGACCCCAGGUACAGACCCACAUGGAGCCCCAGACCCCAGGUACAGACUCACAUGGAGCCCCAGACCCCAGGUACAGACCCACAUGGAGCCCCAGACCCCAGGUACAGAGACUCACAUGGAGCCCCAGACCCCAGGUACAGAGACCCUCAUGGAGCCUCAGACCCCAGGUACAGAGACUCACAUGGAGCCCCAGACCCCAGGUACAGAGACCCUCAUGGAGCCCCAGACCCCAGGUACAGACCCACAUGGAGCCCCAGACCCCAGGUACAGAGACCCACAUGGAGCCCCAGACCCCAGGUACAGAGACCCUCAUGGAGCCUCAGACCCCAGGUACAGAGACUCACAUGGAGCCCCAGACCCCAGGUACAGAGACCCUCAUGGAGCCCCAGACCCCAGGUACAGACCCACAUGGAGCCUCAGACCCCAGGUACAGACCCUCAUGGAGCCCCAGACCCCAGGUACAGACUCACAUGGAGCCCCAGACCCCAGGUACAGAGACCCACAUGGAGCCCCAGACCCCAGGUACAGACCCUCAUGGAGCCCCAGACCCCAGGUACAGACUCACAUGGAGCCCCAGACCCCAGGUACAGAGACCCACAUGGAGCCCCAGACCCCAGGUACAGACUCACAUGGAGCCCCAGACCCCAGGUACAGAGACCCUCAUGGAGCCCCAGACCCCAGGUACAGAGACCCUCAUGGAGCCCCAGACCCCAGGUACAGAGACCCUCAUGGAGCCCCAGACCCCAGGUACAGAGACCCUCAUGGAGCCCCAGACCCCAGGUACAGAGACCCACAUGGAGCCCCAGACCCCAGGUACAGACUCACAUGGAGCCCCAGACCCCAGGUACAGAGACCCACAUGGAGCCCCAGACCCCAGGUACAGAGACCCUCAUGGAGCCCCAGACCCCAGGUACAGAGACCCACAUGGAGCCCCAGACCCCAGGUACAGACCCACAUGGAGCCCCAGACCCCAGGUACAGAGACUCACAUGGAGCCCCAGACCCCAGGUACAGAGACCCUCAUGGAGCCUCAGACCCCAGGUACAGAGACCCACAUGGAGCCUCAGACCCCAGGUACAGAGACCCACAUGGAGCCCCAGACCCCAGGUACAGACUCACAUGGAGCCCCAGACCCCAGGUACAGACCCACAUGGAGCCCCAGACCCCAGGUACAGACUCACAUGGAGCCCCAGACCCCAGGUACAGACCCACAUGGAGCCUCAGACCCCAGGUACAGACCCACAUGGAGCCCCAGACCCCAGGUACAGACCCACAUGGAGCCCCAGACCCCAGGUACAGAGACCCUCAUGGAGCCCCAGACCCCAGGUACAGAGACCCUCAUGGAGCCCCAGACCCCAGGUACAGAGACCCUCAUGGAGCCCCAGACCCCAGGUACAGAGACCCUCAUGGAGCCCCAGACCCCAGGUACAGAGACCCACAUGGAGCCCCAGACCCCAGGUACAGAGACCCACAUGGAGCCCCAGACCCCAGGUACAGAGACCCUCAUGGAGCCCCAGACCCCAGGUACAGAGACCCUCAUGGAGCCCCAGACCCCAGGUACAGAGACCCACAUGGAGCCCCAGACCCCAGGUACAGACCCACAUGGAGCCUCAGACCCCAGGUACAGAGACCCACAUGGAGCCUCAGACCCCAGGUACAGAGACCCUCAUGGAGCCUCAGACCCCAGGUACAGAGACCCUCAUGGAGCCCCAGACCCCAGGUACAGAGACUCACAUGAAGCCCCAGACCCCAGGUACAGACCCACAUGGAGCCCCAGACCCCAGGUACAGAGACUCACAUGA